CUUACACAAUCGGUAUUUCAGAUUUUGAAAUAGAAACAUUACAAAAUUUCAUAAGAUAAAUCUAUUGUCUAUCUCAUUUUGUUUACUGUUACAUAAUAAAAAUAUAUUGCAUAUUAAAUCAAACAAUAAAUGUGAAGAUAUUAAAAUAAAAAAAAAAUAAAUAAUUUAAAAACUUAAAAAUGACAUCAUUAAUUAUGUUAGGUUAUGAAAGUGAGAAUAACCUUGUUAAAAAACGAAUGGACUUAAUUAAAAAUUGGGAACCACAGAAUGAGGUCUGGUCUUUAAGACAUGGAAAUAAAAUAAUAGCAGGAAUUGCUUUUAUUAAUGGAAUGAUAAUUAACUCAAUAUUUAGACAUAAAUUGAAGUUACAUCAUAAUGGUGCAAAAAUGACAACAUUAUUUCUAACAUUAGCACCAUCAUCUACUUCAUAUUUAUGUCAUCAAUUUUUUAUUUUAAAUAAAAUAUUGAUACGUGAACCUCAUUGUUUAAUAUGUGAAGAAUUAAAAGCAAUUUCAUUUCUACAAGCUAAUAGCUUAUUAUAUUCUUUAAUUAUAUCACCAGCAAUAAAUAUUGGGAUUGCUGGAAAUAUAGGGUACAGAGUUCCAUAUAUAAGAGAAGGAAAGGAACUUUUCAAACUUUGGUGGAGCAUUGUUAAACCUCAUUCUAAGAUCAUAUCAUUUUUAUUUAUUAGCAAUACAAUUGUAGGUGGUAUAGUUACCUACUUACAAAUUUUAUCAAUGCAAAAUCUAACAAAUAUUAUAAUAAAACUUCAUGAAUAUAUUGAUAAUAAAAAGGUUGAAAACAUGAAGUGGGAAAUAUCAUAAAUUAUAUACUACUUAAUAAAUAAAUUUUUAUUUAAUUAAAAGUAGAAGAUUGAUAAUAGUUCAAAUUUAGAACUUUUGUAUUAUUCAUACUAUAACAGUGCAUUAAUAACAAUAAAUGAG